AUUUAAUCUGUUUCACUGCUUUUCGGGAGCGACUCUCCUGACCUCUCUAGUUCAGCUCCUCUCAGUGUUCAGUGAGUGGAAGCACCGGUGUUCAGUUUAAAGUGGAAUACUUUUCGACUUGGUAGAAUAAUGGAAGAAUGAUUACAGUGUGCAGCGAGAGACUUAAACCGUUACGGCAGUCGGCGUUUAGUUCUUUAGUUAACUUGUAUUGCCUGGUGUUUUUAGUGGGAAACCAUGGACCCCGUAACCAAAUGGACACCUAAGCAAGUAGUGGAGUGGAUGAGAGGUCUUGAUGACAGCCUCCAGCAAUAUGUUGCCAGCUUUGAGAGAGAGAAGAUCAGUGGAGAGCAGCUGUUGAAGAUCUCGCACCAGGAUCUGGAAGAGCUUGGGGUGGCUCGCAUCGGUCACCAGGAGCUGGUUCUGGAAGCAGUGGACCUGCUAUGUGCUCUGAAUUAUGGUGUGGAAACAGAUAAGUUGAAAAACCUAGUGGUGAAAAUGAGAGCGGCAUCCAGCAAUCUACACAUCAGUACGUCAGAGCGCAGGAAGAUUUCUAGCUACGAUGGCAACACCUCUCACAAACCCCCCAAUGAGUUCCUCACCUCUGUGGUGGAGCUGAUUGGUGCAGCGAAAAGCCUUCUCACAUGGCUGGAUAGAACCCCUCUGACUGGGAUCAGUGACUUCACCACUACCAAGAACAAGAUCAUUCAGCUUUGCUUGGAGUUGACCACCACAGUUCAACAGGAUUGCACUGUUUAUGACAUGGAGGAGAAGAUUCUGGGAGUUUCCAGGGUGCUAAAUGAUAUCUGUGACCAGACUGUGAGAACAACCUCAGAUCCUCUAAUGAGCCAGUUGACAUGCCUGGAGGAAGUGCAGCUGACCAACAUCAAGCCAGGAGAAGGCCUGGGGAUGUACAUAAAAUCUACCUAUGAUGGGCUUCAUGUCAUCACUGGCACAACUGAACAUUCUCCAGCAGACUUGUCUCGCAAGAUCCACGCAGGUGAUGAGGUGAUCCAAGUGAACCAGCAGACUGUGGUGGGCUGGCAGCUAAAGAACCUGGUGGAUAAGUUAAGGGAGGACCCUAAAGGAGUGGUGCUGCUGCUGAAGAAGAGGCCAGCAGGCACAUCUGGCUUCACACCCGCACCGCUUAAAAACAUGCGGUGGAAACCCCCUCAGGCACAAAGCUCCUCUUCACCCAGUAAAACCCAGUCACCUGACAGCAGCACUGGAUCUACCAGCAGGAAACAGAAACCAGCCAUCUUGGACUUGUACAUCCCUCCACCUCCAUCAGUGCCUUACAUGCCACGGGAUGUGAGGACCAGCUCGUUCAGCAGCAUUAACAGCAGACCUAAAGGCUCUGAGUCGCCCAACUCCUUCCUGGAUAAGGAGAGCCGCCGGCGCAUCACCAUCACAGACCAUGACAAGCUGGCUGUCUACCCUGUGGAGGCCAAUGUGGUGCAAACUCGGCUUAGGGAGAGAAACUCUUCAUAUGGUAAACCACGGCCUCUCUCCAUGCCAGCAGAAACAAGUCUAAGUGUGACAGACCCGUACGCCAGGCCCUGGACACAAGGAAGGAAAGGUGAGGAUCUCUUGUACAGAUACCUCAGCAAUGAGCGCAUCCCCACUAUAGCCGAGGAAGUGCCUGCUAUGGGGCGCUCGUACAAAUCUACAGAAGAGCGAUCUGUACGAGGUGUAGAUCACGUCCGGAACAGCCAGUUUCUCGUCAGUGUAGACCUCCACAACAACGCCACCAUCCCUUAUCAGCAGGACUUUGCCAAAAACGCUAUGACAUCCACUCCAAAAAGACCCCCUGCGGAGCCCUCGCUACUGGAUUCUGACUGGACACCCAGCAAUGCGUUUAUGAACAGGUACAGCACCACAGCAAUGCGAGCCUGGUCAUUCUCUCAAGCGGCCUCUUUCCCCAUCUCGCUAGCCCCUCGAACGGAUGUUGCUGAAUACAAUCCUGUGUCCCUCAGGCACAAGUGUAAGAAGAAGACUCGAGACAAUGCAACAAUGAGCAGGAGGAGGGUUUCCGUGAAGGACCUGGGCCCAGUGGACCACCAGGGCUGGCUCUUUAGAAAGAAUGAGGGGAAAGGAUUCCUGGGCAUUAAAUGGAAGAAGUACUGGUUUGUUCUGAAGAAAACCUCACUGUAUUGGUACAGCAACCAGAUUGCUGAAAAAGCAGAAGGUUACAUUAACCUGACUGAUUUUCUGAUUGACCGGGCAAUGGAAUGCAAAAAAAAAUAUGCUAUGAAAGCAUGCCACCCAAAGGCCAGAAUUUUCUACUUUGCUGCUGAAAGUCAUGAGGAGAUGAACAUAUGGCUGAAUAAGCUUGGUCUUGCAUCCAUACAGUAUGAACCCACAGAGAGCCAUCCGGCUGUAGAAUGCUAUAGUGAAUCUAGCGAUCAUGAGGAAGCGGAGUCUACUGAGGUACCCCCUCCACCCUACUCUGAGCAGCUGCUGAACCAAGACUCACAGAGUGUGAACAGUCCACCAGGAACUGGACUGCCGGGGAGUCUUCCUCCUCCAUACUCAUCUCCUGUGCCCAGUGAGGCUUCUCCAUCCUCACCAGUGAGCACUAUGACGUCCCAAAGCUCCAUGUCCUCUCUGGCCAAACAGCGCCAGUCUUGGCUAGACCUCGUCUCCCAGGCUGGUCCUACCGUUGCAGAGACUGUGGUGUCCUAUGCUCAGGUUCACACUCAAGAAAACAUAGUAAAAGAAGCACCAUACUGCAGUGAGACUGCUGCUGCUUUGGCCCAGGAAUUCCAGACCAGUUCAGAGCCCACAGAGCGAGCACUGUUUCAUUCAAGAGAGAACCUGAUUACACAUAACCCCAAAGGCGAGGAAAGCACUAGUGAUGAGAUGGAGAAAUUGUACAUAGAUCUGAAAAGGGCGAGCCUGUCUCCAAUUGGUGAGCGGAGGCCGUCGUCAAAACGGGAAUUCAGAGCUUCCUUUAUAAAGCGCUGCAAAAACCACAGAGUCAAUGACAAGUUGCACCUCAUUCGAGCACUCAACAGCACACUGAAGGCUAAAGAGGCAGAUUUGCUGACUCUGGAUCAGGUGCUAGCUGACCCUGCACUCACAGCCAGGAAAUUCAGGCAGUGGAAAUUGACAAACAUGGUAUUGCUACAGGAGAUGCAUGCAAGAGAUCCUCCUCAGAUCGAAUCCUGUGAGGCCUCUGAAUUACCUGCUGCUGAUUCCCCUCUAACAGAGACCAGUCUAUAGAAAGACAUCAGACAUAAUGGUCAAAACGACAUGCAGACCCAUUUCCCAUUUUGCCACAUGCAAAGCAUAUAUAUUUUAAAAAUAGAAGGACUUUACACAUUAUUUGUAUAUAUCUCGUGUUAUUUUAUUUCCUGGCUUUUAAAACCAUCAGUAUCUCACCUCGAUGCUGGAGAGUCUGAUACUCUUUUUGUGUUAGCUCAUGCUGGAGGAGGGUUUUUAUUGUCUCCUGAUAGGACAAAAUCUUUUUAGUGAACUGUUGUUGUUGUUGUUUUUUAACUUUGUACAGUUUUAGAAUGUGUUUCUUGUAAUGUUCGCUCACAUUCACUCAGUGUAAAUGGUGUAUUUCCAUUUUAGUGAAAUAAGAAUAAACACUCAUGCUUAAACUGA